AUGUCAAUCACAGAGAACGACGCUUCCCCUGCAAUCAGCAAGGAGGAGAAGAAACGAUUGAAAGAAGAGAAGAGAGCAGCCAAAGCAGCCAAAGCCUCGACCUCCACCCCUACCUCGGAAACAGCGAUCCCCUCUGAGAAAAAAGAGAAGAAGAGGAAAUCCGAAGAUGGAGAAACGGAUGUAAAAGAGAAGAAGGAAAAAAAGGAUAAAAAGAAGAAGAGUAAAGAUGUCGAAAGUGAUCAAGCUAAACCCUCAACAGUUGAAGGAGGAGAAGAAGAACCUCCAAAGAAGAAGAAGAAGAAGUCCUCGAAAACAACCGAAGAAUCAACCACUCCUGUUGAAUCAGCCACACCACCAACCGAAGAAUCUGCACCUGCGUUAAGUAAGAAACAGCUAAAAAAACUUGCCAAAGCUGAAUCUCAAGGUCAGAGUUCCACUUCAACCGAACUCAAAUCAAGUCCUUCAACAAAGGAAAUAACAAAGACGUUCACCUCAGAACAUAAUGAAUAUCUUAGUUCUCAAAAUAUCACUUUAUCACCUUCUACUUAUCCUCCCAUCUUAUCGAUAUCAUCGUUACCAAUCGAUUCAUCACUUCAACCAUUCUUGAAAGCUUUCACUAAACCAACACCUAUUCAAGCAUGUUCAUGGCCUGCAUUACUAUCCAAACGUGAUGUAGUCGGAAUAGCAGAAACUGGUUCAGGUAAAACACUGGCUUUCGGUGUACCAGGUUUGAAUCUAGUUUCAACUUUACCACCUGCCAAGAAGGGUAAACAGAUCUCAAUGUUGGUUUUAGCUCCCACAAGAGAAUUAGCACAACAAUCACAUGAUACUUUAUUGGCUUUCGGUAAAAGUGUAAAUAUAAACUCAGUUUGUCUGUUUGGUGGUGUAGGUAAAUUCGAACAAUUAAACGAAUUGAAAAACCCUCAAACUAGAAUCGUCGUUGGUACUCCUGGAAGAACUUUAGAUUUGGCUGAUUCAGGUGAUUUGGAUCUAAGCAACGUAUCCUACCUUGUACUUGAUGAAGCAGAUCGAAUGUUAGAUCAAGGUUUCGAGAAUGAUAUAAGAAGAAUCAUAGCUCAUACUCCUGAUCACAAGAAAGGACGACAAACGGUCAUGUUCUCCGCAACUUGGCCAGAAUCCGUUAGAAGACUUGCUUCUACAUUCUUGAACGACCCUAUCCGUAUCACUGUGGGAUCCGACGAGUUAUCCGCCAACAAGAGAAUCGAACAAAUCGUUGAGGUCUUAGAUAACUCACGGGACAAGGAUGGUCGAUUGUUAUACCAUCUCAGAGCACAUCUCAAGGCUCACCCCAACUCGGCCGCAUCUCCCACGCGAAUUUUGGUUUUCGCUUUGUACAAAAAAGAAGCUCAAAGACUAGAACAGACGAUCAAAAGAGCCAACUACGCUGUGGGAGCACUACACGGGGAUAUGACCCAAGAUGCCAGAUUCAAAGCUCUUGAUGCGUUCAAAACCGGUAAACAGAAUGUUCUGGUUGCUACCGAUGUAGCUGCUAGAGGAUUGGAUAUACCCGAUGUUGGAUUGGUAAUCAACGUGACAUUCCCUCUUACCACUGAGGACUUUGUUCACCGAUGUGGACGAACUGGUCGAGCUGGAAAAUCAGGAAAAGCAGUCACGUUCUUCACUGGUGAAAGUCACGAAAAAUCUUUAGCGGGAGAGUUCAUGAGAGUGUUGAGAGACGCAGGUGCAGAAGUACCCCAAGAGAUGGAUAGAUUUCCUACCACUAUCAAGAAGAAGGAACACGGCUCUUACGGUGCUUUCUACAAAGAUACAGCUGAUGCACCUGCCCCAACCAAGAUCACUUUCGAUUAG